UGUCUGCAACAGAAACAGGGCCGAGUCUGUCUCGGGUUCUUUAUAUUCUCCUGGUCGCCAACAUUUCAGUCGCAGAGACGAAAGGAGGAGAGGACAGCGGCGACAGUUUGUCACUAGUUUGGUAAAAUAAAAUGGGUUUAUUACGUUGCCUGUUAAUCUGCGUCACGCUGUGGAGCAACGGCGUGUUUGGGAAAUCAUCCCGGAGACCGAACAUUGUUUUGAUCCUCACCGACGACUUGGACAUCGCCAUCGGGGGUCUGACUCCCCUCCCCAAGACGAAAAAACUCAUUGGCGAUGCAGGAAUAUCGUUCACAAACGCUUUCGUGGCCAGCCCUCUGUGCUGCCCGAGUCGAGCCAGCAUCCUGACGGGGAAGUACCCGCACAACCACCACGUCAUCAACAACACGCUGGAGGGCAACUGCAGCAGCACCGCCUGGCAGAAGAGCCAGGAGGCGCACACCUUCCCCGCCCUGCUGCGGGCCGACGACGGCUACCAGACCUUCUUCGCCGGGAAGUAUCUGAACCAGUACGGGCACGCGGAGGCCGGUGGAGUGGAGCACGUUCCUCCAGGCUGGAACCACUGGCUCGGACUGGAGAAGAACUCUAAAUACUACAACUACACUCUGUCUGUGAACGGGAAGGCCGAGGCCCACGGAGCGGACUACAGUAAGGACUACCUGACGGACGUCCUGGCCAACCGGUCUCUGGACUUCCUCCAGUACAAGUCGAGCCUCCAGCCGUUCUUCAUGCUGGUCUCCAUCCCGGCCCCCCACUCCCCCUGGACCUCGGCCCCCCAGUACGAGCAUCGCUUCAACAGCACCAAGGCCCCCCGGGGCCCCAACUUCAACAUCCACGGCAAGGACAAACACUGGUUGAUCCGUCAGGCCAAAACCCCGAUGACCAACUCGUCGGUUCAAUUCCUGGACGACGUCUUCAGGAAGAGGUGGCGCACGCUGCUGUCGGUGGACGACCUGGUGGAGAAGCUCGUGAAGAGGUUGGAGGUCAGAGCGGAGCUGGAGAACACGUAUGUGUUCUUCACCUCCGACAACGGCUACCACACGGGUCAGUUUUCUCUUCCCCUGGACAAGCGUCAGCUCUACGAGUUCGACAUCAAGGUUCCUCUCAUGGUCCGAGGGCCCAACAUCAAGCCCAACCAGACCAGCCGGAUGCCGGUGGCCAACGUGGACCUGGGCCCGACCAUCCUGGACAUCGCCGGCCACGACAUCGACAAGACGCAGAUGGACGGGACGUCCUUCCUGCCGCUGAUGGAGGGGAAGGUGAACAGCAGCAGCUGGAGGACCGACGUCCUGGUGGAGUACGAAGGAGAAGGAAGCAACGUGACCGACCCGGCGUGUCCGCUGCUCGGCCCCGGAGUCUCGGAGUGUUUCCCCGACUGUGUGUGCGAGGACUCGUACAACAACACGUACGCCUGUGUGCGGACCGUCGCCCCCUCUGUCAACAUGCAGUACUGCGAGUUUGACGACAACGAGGUGUUCGUGGAGGUCUACAACAUGACCGCCGACCCCUACCAGCUCACCAACAUCGCCAAGACCAUCGACCAGGAGGUCCUGGAGAAGAUGAACCACCGGCUCAUGAUGCUGCAGUCGUGCUCCGGGCCGUCGUGCCGCACGCCCGGCGUGUACGACGCCAGGUAUAAAUUUGACCCUCGGCAGAUGUUUCCGAGCCGCAGCCGGCGGCUGAAGAAGACGAAGUAGUACGAAGAGGAAGAUGAAGAGGAGGGGCUGUGUUGUCUUGUUGUUUUCGGGCCUUUUCGUGCUGCUGUUGCCUUGUUUUCAGGCCUCCUGAUGAAAAAGGGACCAGGUGGGUGCUAGACCCCUCUGGGUGCUGGACCCCCUUUUUUUAAAGCUUCCAGACCGGGCGGUCGUAAAUUUACAGCCUCGAGCCAUUCAUCUUGUUUUUAGUUUAACAUCAUAUCAGUGGCCGGUUCGUCGAAGGUCUUUUAUUUUCAUUAUUUGAAUUUAAAAUGUUGGUCCUCAAGAAUUUCAAUCGAGAUCAAAGAGGGAACCGGCGAACUCGGACGUUUUCUCGCAGUUAUCAAUCUAGCUUUAUUUCUUCAAAUAAUCGUUGAGCUGAAAUAUAAUUUGUCCAAACUUCGCAAAAAGUGCCAAGCCUGAAAAUAAUCUUUCGCGAAAGUUCAUACAUUUAUGAAAAAUUAGCUUUUUUUUCUUAAAUUACCAGCUGUGACAUUAUUACUAAAAAUAUCAAUUAUGAAUGAAUUAAUUCUCAGCUCUUGAAUGUUUGGCCUGAUGGAAAUCAAUACCAGGUUAACGAUGCAUAAAUAAAUAUGAACUUCCAUCUGAUUUUGAGGUAAAUCACUUUAACGUUUACAUGCCGUUCAUUUGAGUAUAAACUUCCAUCUAAACUAGAAUAUUAUUUAAAAAAAAUUAUAAGCCAUGAAAACCACGUAGGAGGAAUUAAAUUAUUAUUUUUUUCAAAAUGAAAGUCAGAAACUUGAGUAUUCUGUGCGUGUGAGAAGUCGAUGAUGGCGAGGUAACGAUCACAUGACUUUAAAAAGGAAAAUCUUAUAACGAUUAGUUUUUUAAGUUUCAGAUUAUUUUUGUCACCAUAAAUCAGACAAAUAAACAGCAAAACUUUAAAUGAGCAGCAAAAAAAAAAGUAAAUCUUGCCAGAUUAAUUUGAUCUUGUACCUUUUUUUUUGAGAUAAAACUAUUUAGAUCCGACUUAAAUAAAUUUGGAUUUUAAUUCAUCGAGUCUUGAACGUUUCAUACCGAAUUUAUUUGUCACGACUGUCACUUUAAAUGGACAGAAAAACAUGAAUUUUUAUGUUAAAGGAGGGAACACUGACGACCUAAAACUAUUUAUCGUUUAUCGUUCCACUGAGCCAAAUAUGAAACAUUAUUUCAGGAGAUUAAUUUCAGAAAAAUAGAUUUAUUUAGCCAUAAAAAGGCCUUUUCUCACUUUUAGAUCAGUCGUUAUCUUUGUUUAAAAUAUUUUUUUAAUCAAUUCUUAAUUUUCUUUUACGCCAAAUAAAGAAAUCUCUAUUUUUAAGUUAUCUCCUUUUUAAAGGAAACUAAUUGUUUUCUUUGGAUAUUUAUUUUUCCAUAAACAUUUAUUUCAAAAGGUCGAUACAUUUGAAAUUAUUUUAUUUUGAAACUGAUCAAAUCUGUGUAGAUUAACGUCCAACCAAAAAUCUGAUUACUUCUGAAGCAAAAUAAAUAUAAAGUAUUGAAUGACAUUCAGUCAUUUUGUUAUAAGACUGAAUCUGUAUUUUUUUAAUGUGAAUUAUUUUCAGACUAAUCAAUCAGAGGAACCGCAAAACGUGAAUCAACGGAUUAACAUUUAUUAUUAUUCUCCACGCCUCCUUUCUUCCUCUUUCAGAACUGAAUUAAUGUGACAAACAUGAAGAUUUCCUCUCGUUUCAAUUCACUGAUGCACUUUUUAAAUCUGUCGGAAUGUGAUUUAUUUUGAAACUCUUAGUUUUAUGAAAUUGUCCUGUUAGAAUAGUUUCAUGUGAUAUGAAUAUGUAAUUUUUGGCUGUUUUUUGUCCAAAUAAAGAGAUUCUCUAAACUUCA